AUGUCUCCGUUCAUCAAUUCGAGGAGGAGCACAAACGCCGAUGUGGUGGCGGACAACAAUGAUACGACCAAGACGAAGAAGGCGAUGCGGCGGUGGCUGGCGGUGACAGAUCCUACCCCGACGCUGCUGCACGGGUUCCUAGUGUUCGAGGUGUCGUGGAGGGACGUGCAUGGCAUCAACUACUUCAACGACCUGCUCACCGACACAUCCCUUGCUUUGGAGGCACGAUACAUCAACAAGUGGGAGUUCCAUAAUGCCGAGCAGGCCGCUGGUUGCGCUUCGCAGUGGUUCCUCGGUCAUGCCUUGGAGACACUCUCCCUCCGGGGAUACCUCUUCCACUACCACCAUCAACAUCACCACCAUCAUGAACAUCGCAGAUCAGCAUCUGCAGGAGAAGAAGAAGGAGAAGAUCAUCAAAAAGAAAUAUACAUACCUCCUUCUCCGAUGCAACGGGAACAUGAGGAUUUUGCUAUUUUGAAAGCCAGUAGCAGCGGCGACGAGAAGUGCUCAUUUUCCCCGACACUGAGGAGGAGGAGGAGCUGGAGGGUCAGGACUAGGGUCAGGAAGAAUCCACCUCCAGAUGAAGAGAAGGAGGAGGAGCCUUUGUGUUGUACUUCUCCGGUACUACAGAUGCAGCGGUACAACGACAUUCUCCUCUUGUUACGGUUUCAUGAUGCGUCGCUUCCAUUCAAGCUCCGGCAGAUCAUCAUGUCGGACAUCCGCCUCCUGACGUUGCUCGAGUCCGGGCUUCCAUCUUGGGUCAUAUUCUUCCAGUCAUACCCGCUGCUCUGCCACCUCUACCGGCCCUGGAUGCGUCCCCUUGCUAGGAGCCUCUACAUGCUCGCCUCCCUUGUCACUGUCAUCAUCGGCUUCUACGACCUCUACAAGAAUGUGCCGCUACUCAAGUCAGCAGCGGCGCGCAUCUGUGGGCCGCUCUUUGAUUGGAUCGAGACAUGGGACAUGGUGACCCGCAUACAAUACCUCGGCACCAUACUCUUUCUCCGCAACCUGCGUAGGUUCCUGCAGGGGCUCCUCACUCUACUAAACGCUUCUAGGGCGCUACUCCGUGUUGUGGUGGCACCGUUGGCCGACCUUGGGUUAUUUGAGCUGGCUAGCACGGUCGGCUUACUAGCCUCGCAUGUGUGGGAUCUUGUGGUGGACUUGGCGGAGGUCGUGUGGGCGCCAUUCGACGUGGUGCUAGACUGCGCUGCCAGGGUGGUGGCAUCCAUGUGGCCGGUGCUGCAGGUUAUGGUGCUACCGGCGAGGCUUGCUGUGGCGCUUGCGGGUUGCGCGGGGUCGGUGUUGUCCAAUAGCUACAACUUCUUCAACGACAUUUGGGAGACGCUUAGCAGCAUCUUCCAGCUCAACCACAUGUCGGAGGCGCAACAAAGUGCCUUCGACAUGACCACACUCAAGACAUUAUGGAAUGAUCUCUUUUCUCAGAUCUUCCGAGCGAUGAGGGGCAUACUCAAUGGAAUACUGGUCUUCUUUUACUCUUGCAAUAGGCACAGGCUCAGGUACCUCGCUGACGGGUUUGUGUUCCAUUGUAUUUCAUCAAUUUGGUUGAGCGAGCUAAUUCGAUCAUGGGAACUUCUUGUGUACGUAGCAUCUCCAAUCAUGCUAGGUCAAGAUUACGCCACGUGCUUCGUAUUGCUAGAUUAG